AUGUCUGCCCACGCCGGUCCGUCGCUUGGAGCCAGUGGGGAGGAGGAGAAGGACCCGCGGCGUAUCCUGUCGUGGGAGGAGUACCGAGCCGAGUACGUGAGACAGCAGAGGCUGCGGUACCAGCUGCAGCGGGAAUCCAAUGCAAAUACUGAGAAUGACGCGGAAGCGUUCUCCCCCACUGCUGCUGCUGCUGCUGCUGCUGCUGCUUCGCCCCAAGAACGGUGGGAGCAGGGACAAGCGCGGAGGCAAAAUCUUGCUCAACAGCAGCAGCCACAGCCACAGCCACAGCCUGCCGAAGCGGGCAUUGACAUCUGGGCCAGGAUUGAGCUUCGCCCUGGCGAUGUUAUAACCGUUGUGCGAGUAUUGGGGCGGGUGUUCCUGGCGACCUUCCUUGUCUUCAGAACGUUCUCCGUGUAUUACUUUUUUCUGACGCUUCUGAUUUAUAUGGGGUGGCGCGCGGGGCAACGUGCGUUGGGGGCGAUAAGGAUAGAGCGUGAGAACCGAGAUGCUGCGGGGAAUUUAUUCCGGGGAACGGCGCACCCUGAGGCGCAGCGCCGCCACCACCACCGCCGCCAGCGCGUCUCCCUGCCCCGGAAGGCGGUGUACAUCUUCACGCGCUGCAUCACGUCCUUCCUGCUGAGCCUUUCGCCGACGUACUCGGUGGAGCAGUUGGAGUCGGAGCUGCAGGAGGACGGCAUUGUGGGCCCGCACCUUCACCAGGACUGA